GUGAAUUAAAAAUGUCACCGAUUACCGAUUCGAUGUUAUUGUAAUGACAUGACAGGGUUGUAAAUAAUGACAGUAGGUUGGGUUAUAGGUUAAUGUGUGAUAUUGAUUUUAAAAAUAAGUGUAUUACAUUUUAAAAUAAAGGGAGAAAUAAAGUGUUAAAAAUUUAUCGAUAUACUCUUAAGAAAAAAAAUCUACAGCAGUUGCUAGUGGAGGUCGUACAAAUACAUCAUGUACGCAACCAAGCAGCCAUCCUUGAGGAUCAAGCAGGCUGAUUUGAAGUGUAAGAGCGGAUGUGGAUUUUAUGGAAAUGCAGACUGGAACGGAUACUGUUCAGCAUGUUACCGAAACCAUAUGGAUAUCGAGCGACAGAAGAAAACAACAGACCAGUCCAGAUCGCAAGUGCCCGGGUUCUCAAAGUUCGAAGAGAAAAAGAGACAACAAACAGAUAAGAAGAACAAGUAUCUGAAGAGCUUACCUGUCUUUAGAAAGUCGUCAAAUGUAAAAGAUGCUGGAAGACCUGAAAAAUACAUCGACAUCAUGAGGCAGACCAACCCGGACGCCAACAAAUUGAUGGUUGAAUUCAUAUCAAUGUACAGCCAAUGGGGCGAGCUAGUCAGAAAAGACUUCUUCAAAUUUAGCCAAGUGUUUUCCAACAAAAUAGUAAACGAACUGGACGUCAAGCCCAUUGAAGAGUUAGCGGAAAUCGCACAGAAUCACUACAAUUUGUAUCACAACCGCGUCAAUUCUAACGUCAUUUACCAAGAUGUGCCCAGUGAGGUUAGAGAGAAGUUGGUUGAGUUUUUUGAGAAGUACAGCAUGAUCAGUCUAUACAGUUUCCUGUUCUGCCCACCAACCACAAACGACGAGGAGAAAGACCUUAUCAUACAAGACAGAAUCCGCAAACUCAGUUGGGUAAACGCCCACCAUCUCGAUUGCUGCAUAAGUGAAACUAGCAUCGAAGUACGCGACUUGGUCUACACUGCCAUCAACGACCUCCUCGGCAUGGACUCAAUGAAAGCUCCGCAGGAAAAACUGGCUUGCGUUGUCAAAUGCUGUCGCAGCGUCGUGGAGGUCCUGCAGCAUUGCCAAGGAGGACCCGUGAGCGCCGAUGAGUUCCUGCCUGCGUUGAUUUUUGUUGUUCUGAAAGCUAAUCCAGCUCGAUUGAAGAGUAACAUAUUGUAUGUUACGAGGUUUUGUAAAGAUUCCCGGUUGAUGCAGGGAGAAGCUGGAUACUACUUUACUAAUUUGUGUUGUGCCGUAUCGUUCAUAGAAAACCUCACAGCGGAAUCACUCAACAUGCCCCAACAAGAAUUCGAAGCCUACAUGUCAGGAGAGUUGACUGGCGUAAGUGCCUGGGAAUCGGCCUUAGUAGCCUGCGAGGGAAUGCAUCAAUUGUGCGAACACCUCUCGCUGCUGAAGGGACUUUCCGAAAGAACUACGACCGUACAGAAUACCACCCAGAAACUUAGAGAAGACAUGCAACGAUUAAAGGAAGAAAUCUGCGAAAAUGUUGUAGCUGUACUUGCACGAACGCCGAUGAUCAUCAAACCGAGAAAAACUCCACUAACAUUGACAACAUUAACCAGAGAAAAGCUGAAACCUACAUCUUCGUCCGCAAUAACAUCGUCCAUAUCACAGAAGGAAACUCAACCUGAAGAAGAUUUAAACCUACAGAAAAACUACUACCUACAAAAUUUAUCUCUUAGUCAAAUAAAUGCUUUAGAUAGUACUAGAAAUAAGUUGCAGCUAGAUAUCACACCUUGUAUAACAUUACCAAGUAGUACUAAUCUGACAAAGAAGACCUACUCUAAUGAGUUAUUAUUACAGUCUCCAGCACAAGAUAAAAGUUUCGAGAGCAUAACUCCUGAUGACAACAGCUACCUUGGAUUAUCAAAAGUUAACUAUGAUAUAGAUUUCUCAGAUUUGAGCACAGAAAAUAGUAUGGCAGAAGAUUUAACUCCUGACAAAAGAAAAUCUCCUACUCCAGGUUAUGUUAGCUCAGAUCCAUUCAGCCCUGUUGGUUUAUCUUGUCCUAUCACUCAAAGCCCUUUGAUACCUUCCAACGUGUCGUUUUCUCAAAUAGAGCCAAAGAUAAUGAAGACGGAUAGCUUUGUUUUACCAUUUUUAGAAGAAGCCAAAAGUGAGGAGUCGUUGUUGGAUAAACUGGAAGAAACUUCAUCAGUUAAUUUACCACCUCCCAUUAAACCAACUACUUCUGAAUAUUCUGGUUUUUCGAAACAAGGCUCAAAGAUACCAAGCAUACCCUGCAAUACAGGAGACUUCAGUUCGUUAAAUAUUUCAGGUGGUCCAUCUAAAAGUUCAUCUUAAUAGAAAAGCAGCAAGAAACAUCAACACAAUGGAUUGAUAUCUAAUAAUGGGACGUUAGAAGAGUAGCAAUACUACGGAAAACCAAAGCCAAACAAAUUUAUUUUAUAAUUCAGUUAUUUGUUAAAAGAAAACUUUAAAUAUAAGAAAAAAAGAUAACUUGAUUUUGAGAAAAUAAAGAAUAAUUUUGUUUUUUUUA